AGUUCUUUUUUGCGAAUUGGUAGAUUAGAAAAGUUGCGGCAUGGCGGCGGAGGGAGCGGAGCUUGGUCCCCCGGCGUCCGCGCAGCCGCCGGCACCGAAGCGGCGGAAGAUCGAGCCUUCUCGGAGGAGUAGACCUCCUCCUUCUCAAGAUGCUCCUGAUAAGGACAAGUUGGCGGCAUCAUCCAAUUCAUCGGUUUCAGCUACACCGGUAGCGAGAGUGGAUCUCAACAAAGUUAUAGAGGCAAAGAGAUUUGCUGUCUUUCAAGCACAGCACGAGGGAUGCCUUGGAAGCUUCAAAAGCUUUGAUUCUCUGUUUGGAAAUUAUCUUGUUCCUGUUACCCCAAGCGAUGACUUCUUCGAACAGAUUUCAAAGAAGUAAUACAACAGAGUUGACAGCUGUGAAGAGCCAAUUCAACAAAUAUCUUUGCAGCAUGGAGAGUUUCAAAGGAGAUUGUCUAAACACUAAAGAAACCAGGGAACAGUUGGCAUGUGAAACAUGGUUAGGGAGUACGUUCGAUUUCGGAACCCACAAUUCGCUGCGAGUAUCAAAGAAGCACUCUGUUAUGCUCGUUUUUAUGACAGCUUUUUUUGGGAGGUCUCAGUUGCGAAACCCUUUGGGGAGCCUCUGCGAUUCAUUCUUUUCUUUCUCCCGAAGCUCGUGCAUGAGAUUUUCCAUUCCACAGGAGAAGAAAAAGAGUUGUAUAAUUAAUUAAAAUAGAACCAGAUAAAUACAAGGCGAAGUGGAACACACAAAUAGAGAGUAGUAGGGUUAUUUGUAUUUAAAUUUAGUUGCUUUUCAUUCAAACGUGUAACAUGUAAUAAAAUUUGAAGGAAAAUCUCAAUUUAU